AAGUUUUUUUCGAUUAUUGUAUAGUAGACUAGUAGUCCAUUUGCUCUCAAAAGUCCUAUGAGAAGCUCUGGACCUCUGGUGCCUCAAUUUUGUGGACCAACAGGUGUUGGGUGGGCCUGAGCUCUCACCCUCUUAAAUGCUCUAUUGAGUUCCUUACCUUUUAAAUGCUAGCUAGUUAUCUUGCUUCACUCAAAGGUUAAGCUCUUGGCGUUUUUCUACUUGCUCAAAACACAUGGCACUAUUGAGCUUCUUUCCAACAAUGAAGGGGUGGUUUUCUGGGAUAACAAAGGUGGCGUUCAGGUCAGAAGAGGCUGUUUCUUUGUGGGCUUCGGCUGCAAUUGGUGGUUUCAGAACUGAGUUUGUCACCAGAGUGAUGAAGAGAAUAGUUUUUGCUGCAUUCACGUGUAUUCUUGCAUUGGGUGGGGCUGUAGUGGGAAUAUUUAUUGGAGCAAUCAAAGGCCAAACCACAGAAACUGGAUUUUUAAAUGGGGCAGGAAUAGGAGCUGUGACAGGUGCCAUUGCAGCCAUUCAAUUACUGGAACCACCGGCAGCAACUGAUUGUGAGCCGUUGUCCAAGGUUGCCCUCCUAGGUAGUUUAAUCAAUGGUAAGGUCUUUAUGGAAUGGGUAUGUCCUGCAGUGCUAAAAGCCUAUCAAUGGCAAGUUAGGACUAUUGAACCAAGUUAUAGAGAAGUUUCAGAUAUCUAUGACAUUAGUGGAGGUAAAGGGUUAUCCAAGAACUGCAUUCAGAAGCUUUCAAUACACAAGUUUCAUUCUAGCAAGAUGAACAAACCAUGUCUUGAAUUCUGUUGCUCCAUUUGCUUACAGGAUUUCGAGGAUGAAGACUCAGUAAGAAGACUUCCCAACUGUGGGCACCUCUUUCAUCUAUACUGCAUAGACGAGUGGCUAACCCGACAAGGCAAUUGUCCAAUGUGUAGAGAACAUGUAUGUGAUGACAAGAAUGGAUUAUAAAUUAUCCACUUCAUGUCACCAAAUCACAAAGCUCAUUGGUGUGUGUAUGGCAAUUGUUUACUUUUUUGCCCACUUAUUUUUUAAAUAGUUUUUUUGCCUUUACACAAUGGAAGGAUUUGUGGGUCUUUUGAGAUGGUUCCCUGUAAAUUAUAAGUGGCUUUUGGAUAUAGUGCACCCAUUGAAAUGUGGUAA